AUUGGUAGGAAUUAGGGUUGGACAUUGCCAUCGAUCAGAAACCAGGGAGGAGACAGCAGUUCAAGAAUGGGAAUUCCCAAACAGCAGCCGCAGCAGCAGUACACGGUGGAGCAACUACUCGCUCUCAAUCCCUACAAUCCCGAUAUCCUUCCCGAUCUUGAAAACUUCGUCAACGAGCAGGUGUCUUCACAAACAUACUCCUUGGAUGCAAAUCUUUGCCUUCUUCGCCUCUACCAAUUUGAGCCAGAGCGAAUGAGUACCCAAAUCGUUGCUCGGAUUUUGGUGAAGGCCCUUAUGGCAAUGCCAGCGCCAGAUUUCAGCCUUUGUCUCUUUUUAAUUCCAGAACGAGUGCAAAUGGAGGAACAGUUCAAGACUUUGAUUGUUCUCUCACAUUAUUUGGAGACAGCAAGGUUCCGUCAGUUCUGGGAUGAAGCGGCUAAGAAUCGACACAUAGUUGAAGUUGUUCCCGGUUUUGAGCAAGCGAUCCAAGCCUAUGCCAUUCACAUUCUUUCCUUGACUUAUCAAAAGGUUCCUAGGACUGUACUUGCUGAGGCUAUCAACAUUGAAGGUCUAUCUCUAGAUAAAUUCUUAGAGCAUCAGGUAGCUAACUGUGGUUGGGUUCUUGAGAAGAGUCAAGGCAAGGGCCAACUUAUUGUCCUGCCUCCUAACGAGUUCAACCAUCCUGAACUGAAGAAAAACGCUGCAGAUAGUAUUCCACUAGAGCAUAUCACCCGAAUCUUCCCCAUUCUCGGCUGACGCCUCCCUUCAGAGGAGCUUGGAGACAUCUGCUUUUCAUAUAUUUGCAGCUGAUGCUUGGGACAUCACGAUCAGCACAAUAUACCAUCCUUUGACUCGUACACCACUUUAGAUGCUUCAUUUUGAAGCAAUUAUGUAACUCUGGUCUUUGCUCUGGAUUCAUGAGGGGAGAGUACCAUUUAAUAUGGUCUCUUAACAUUCCUGAUAGCUCUGGUUUUAAUUGUUUUAUUGAUGCUUGCUUUUAUUGCGGCUUGGUAGCCCAAUUUUGUUUUUUGCCUCACCUAUGAAAGGUUUCCUCAAUAUAUAAGCAGGUUUUGGUGAGAUGA